AUGAAGGGCUCGGCAAACCUUCCCCUCCCUCCCUUGAGAGUUCACGAGGCGCCACGUGCAGGGAACAAGGCCUCCGUCAAUAUGCAGGUUUCUUGGUUCCUCGCCUACUCGCCAUCCCGCCUCCCGGCCAGUCGGAGGCGACGCCCGGCAGGCCACCCCUAUUUUCAGGGGACCAAACGAGUCAACCGGACGAGAGAGGGCGGCGCUUCCCUGCGUGUCCCAAGUCUGAGCGUCCUCGGAUCUUUAUGCCUCAGGGCGGCAUACACCAAUAGCAGGCGCAGCCGGACGAGGGCUGCGGUUUCAGAAGUCGAUCUCGUCCAGGGGUCUACCGGCGAGGCGAGGCCGAGGAAGCUCUUCGAUCUGGGAAGACCUUGGCCUGGAAGAUCGUAG